AUGUGCACUCCCAACAUUGUUCAGUGCGACGAGAAGGACAAGAGCACAUUGCUCAAGCUCAAAUAUGGAAUUAAUGAUCCCUCUGGUGUACUUUCUUUAUGGUCCAUUAAGGAAACAAAUUGUUGCCAAUGGAAAGGAGUUUAUUGUGAUAACAUCACUGGCAGAGUCACAAAGAUCAAUCUCCAUUGUCCAGAAAUUUACUCUGAUUACGGUCAUAAUCUUGACAAAUCCCAGUGUCUAACAGGUGAACUCGACAUGUCUUGUUUGUUUGAUCUUGAAUUUCUUAAUUAUUUGGAUUUGAGCAACAAUGACUUCAACACCAUCCAAUAUCAUGGUCGGUGUAAAAACUCUUCCAGCAAUAUCUACUAUCUUAAUUUAUCAGAUAAUGAUAAUCUUCAAGUUGGUAAUAUACUCCAUUGGAUUUCUAAUCUUUCCUUUUUACACUAUCUCGAUCUCAGUGGCAUUAAUCUUCAAAAAGAAACUAAUUGGCUUCAGUUAGUGACUACGCUUCCUUCACUUUCAGAGUUAUAUUUGGAAGAUUGUAGACUUCAGAACAUCUAUCCAUCCCUUCAAUAUGCCAAUUUCACUGCACUUAAAGUUCUUGAUCUUUCUUACAAUGAGUUUGUGUCUGAGCUACCAAGUUGGGUUUUCAAUCUUAGUUCUAGUAUCUCAAUUGUAGAACUUUCCAAUAAUUUCAUGCAUGGCCAACUUCCUCAAACACUACCACACUUUCAAAGCCUUGAAACCUUGUCUUUGUAUAACAAUGAUCUCAGUGGACUCAUUCCAAAUUGGAUGGGUCAACUUGAACAACUAAAAAAACUUGAUCUUUCUGAUAAUUCAUUCUCUGGUUCUAUUUCUACAAGUUUAGGAAAUCUGUCAUCCUUAACUUACUUGAAUUUGGCAUUCAAUGGUUUAACAGGAAUUGUUUCUGAACAAAAUUUUCUUUCCCUUUCAAAAUUAAACCAUUUAGUUUUGGGUUCACAAUAUUUGAUCUUUGACUUUGAUUCUGAAUGGAUCCCCCCUUUUCAACUUCAGUUUUUAGAAUUGACUUAUUUGACUCCUAAUAAACUUCCAUCAUGGAUAUAUACACAAAAUUCUCUGACCCUUUUAGCGAUUGUAAAUUCAAGAAUUCCAUUGGAACUACCUAAUAAGUUUUGGAAGUUUGUUUCUGAUCAAGUUGAGUAUCUUGAUUUAUCAAAUAAUUCAAUCAAUGUUGACAUGUCAAAUGUCUUGCUUAAUUCCAAAGUGGUAGUGCUAGGCGACAACAAUUUGAGAGGUAGUGUGCCACAAAUAUCACCAAACGUCACUCUUUUACGUUUGGCUAACAAUUUCUUGUCAGGAUCCAUUUCUUCUUUCUUAUGCCAUAAGACAAAAGAAAAAAACAACUUGAAGUAUGUGGAUAUUUCUCAUAAUCUUUUAUCAAGAGAGAUUCCGAAUUGUUGGAUGCAUUGGAGAUCAUUACUUUUUGUUAAUUUGGAAAGCAAUAAUUUGGUAGGCAAAAUUCCUCACUCAAUGAGCUCUUUGUCUAACCUAAUUGCAUUGAAUCUAUACAAUAACAUGUUAUCUGGAGAAGUGCCUCUCUCAUUGAAAAAUUGUAAGAAACUUCGUCUCCUUAAUCUAGGUGAAAAUGAGUUUUCUGGAGCUAUAUCAAACUGGGUGGGGCAAAGUGUAAUUGGUCUCAAACUAAGAUCCAACCAAUUUAGUGGUAAUAUCUCUACUACAAUUUGUCAGCUUCAUUCUCUCAAGAUAUUGGAUCUUUCAAAUAACAGAUUAUCAGGGUCAAUACCAAGUUGUAUUCGCAACAUGACAGGCAUGAUUUCUAAAAUUGAAUCAUUUGAUUCAUUUGAUGUUACCAUUCCUACGAUAGACCAUGUCAAUUUUGAAUUCAAUGUCAAUCUCAUGUUGCUUAUUAAGGGCAUUAAGUUAAAUUAUACACACUCGAUACUUGUUGUUGAUCUUUCAUGUAACAAUCUAUCUGGAACGUUGCCAUCAGAGUUAUUUAUGCUUAUUGGAUUGAAUUCUUUAAAUCUAUCCCACAAUCAAUUCGUGGGAAAGAUUCCACAAGAUAUUAGCAAGUUGAUACAGUUGGAGUCUCUUGAUCUCUCAAAUAACUUAUUUUCAGGACAAAUUCCUGAAACCAUGUCUGCUUUGUCUUUUCUUGAAGUCUUGAAUCUCUCAUGCAACAAUUUUGAAGGAAAAAUUCCAUCAGGAACCCAACUUCAAGGUUUCACAAACCUUAGCUAUAAGAUGAUGAUGAUGAUGACAACUCUGACAUUUAUUCAUGGUUCUAUAUGGGUUUAG